AUGCGAUACGUUUCGGCGUACCUUUUGGCUCUUGCCGGCGGAAACCAGUCACCAAAGCUGGAGGAUAUUAAGAACAUUCUUGAUGCGGUGGGAGUAGACACUGAUGCUGAAGCCGCUAAUCUUGUCAUUUCAAGACUGCAAGGAAAGAACAUUGAGCAGGUUAUUGCUGAGGGUGCUGCUGACUUGGUUACGAUAAGUGGUGGAGUUCCUGCCGCUUCUACCCCUGCAGCUGCAGCGGUAGAUGCUCCAGCUGCAGCAGCGCCUGCUGCAGAAACCAAACCUGCCAAAAAGGAGGAAAAGGAGGAAUCGGAUGAUGACAUGGGAUUUGGACUCUUUGAUUGA